CUGAUCGCUGCUGAGCUGCGAGGCAGAGCAGCUGCAGCGAGACCAGGGGACGCUGACAACAACAACGGAGACUCGAGCAACGCAACGUUUUUCACCUUUUCCCUCACCCCCACCCACGCUGUCACGUCUCCGUUUGCUUUAUUUAUUGUGGUUAUUACGCAUGCGUGGGAGUACAUAGAUAUAUAUGGAUAUAGACAUAUAUACCUUUCCUUCCCCCGCCGUUCUCUCGCGAAGCUGAAAUGACUGCCAGUCGCCGCGUCUAGCCAAUGGUUACUGCGGGGGCUCCUGUCGUGUGGAUUAUCCGUCGUCGCCGAGCCAGUCGCAUGGUCGAGCCCGGAGGAGGCCCCGCUCUGCCCCGGAGGGACGGACGCGCGUGAGGCGGCGCUGGACUCCCGAGUGCUGGUGAAAGACGGUGCGACGAUGCUCGGGUUUCAGCGGCAGCGGGUCAACUGAUUCUUGGAUGUUCGGGCCAAGCCGCCCCGGCUCAAAAAAGAUUUUCCGCACACGGCAAAAAACACAUAUAUUCCUUAAAAACUGGACGCCCCUGGAGCAGUUUAUGACGGCCCUGGUAGGAGCGUGAUGAGCGCGCGCUUCCACUUGCCUGCUGGCAGAUCCUACAAUGUCCGGGCGACGGAGCUGGAGCGAGACAGGCAGCACACACAGGUCGUGUGCAGCAUACUGCUGCUGGACAACACCUUCCAGGCCUUCAAAGUCUGCAAGUCGGAUCCUGGCCAGGUGUUGCUGGACGCUGUCUUUAAGCACCUGGAGCUGACUGAGAGGGACUACUUUGGCCUGCACCUGGCCGAUGACUCCUUAGAUUCGCCGCGCUGGCUGGAUCCCAACAAGCCCGUCAGGAAACAGUUAAAGAGAGGCUCUCCGUACAGCUUGAGCUUCAGAGUCAAAUUCUUUGUGACAGACCCUGGUAAACUUCAGGAAGAAUACACACGGUACCAGUAUUAUCUUCAGAUCAAGCAGGAUAUAGUAACUGGAAGAUUGCCGUGUCCACACAACACGGCCGCUCUGCUGGCGUCCUACUCCGUUCAAUCUGAGCUGGGCGACUACAGCGAGGCGGAGCACGCCGCCGGCUACCUGGCGGAGUUCUGCUUCAUGCCCAACCCGCCGCAGGACUUCCACAAAGAGGUCGCCAAACACCACCAGCAGCACAGCGGUCUAUCUCCGGCCCAGUCAGAGUUUAAUUAUCUCAACACAGCACGCACACUGGAGCUCUACGGGGUGGAGCUGCACUAUGCAAGGGACCAGAGCAACACAGAGAUCCUUCUUGGUGUGAUGUCCGCCGGCAUUGUGAUUUACAAGAACAGGGUACGAAUCAACUAUUUCCCAUGGUUGAAAAUAGUAAAAAUCUCCUUCAAGUGCAAACAGUUCUUCAUCCAGCUAAGAAGAGAGGCGACCGAGACCCGGGAAACCCUGCUGGGCUUCAACAUGGUGAACUAUCGGGCUUGUAAAAACCUGUGGAAGGCCUGCGUGGAGCACCACACGUUCUUCAGGCUGGAUCGGCCCAUCCCACCACAGAAGAACUUCUUCGCUCACUACUUCACCCUGGGAUCGAAGUUCAGAUACUGCGGGCGGACGGAGGUGCAGUCGGUGCAGUAUGGAAAGGAUAAAGGCAUCAAGGACCGAGUAUUUGCCAGCAGAUCACCCAGCAAGCCAUUGGCCAGGAAGCUGGUGGGCGGAACUGACUGGGAGUCAGUCAGCAGGAACAGCCUAUCGGACGAGAGACUGGAGACCCAGAGCCUGCCCACUCGCUCGCCACCCGGGACGCCCAAUCAGACCUCGCUGUUUGUGCAGGAGGGCACACGACUACGCCCCUCGUCCGUCGGCCACCUGGUCGACCACGUGAUCCACGCUUCGCCCAGCCUGCCCGUCUUCUCCUCCUCCAAUCACAGAUCAGCGUCGUCCACGCAGGCCAACAGCAUCAGUCUGGACUCCACGCCGUCUCCAGAGGGGCUAGACGGCCAACCUCCAGCUCUGCCCCCCAAGCAGCUGAGCAGAAAGACCCUGAGCCAGAUCAUCCAGGCCCACUCGCAGCAGAGCCUCCUGGACAACCACCUAAAUGAGAUGUACGAUGUCCCCGUCAACGCCGACAAGACCACGCUGAAUGGAGUUGUUCCUCACGACAAUCUGGUCUUGAUCAAGAUGAGACCUGACGAACACGGGCGUUUUGGCUUCAAUGUCAAGGGUGGAGCCGACCAGAAGAUGCCCAUCAUUGUGUCCCGAGUGGCUCCUGGAACUUCAGCCGACCUGUGUGUGCCUCGCCUUAACGAGGGAGACCAGGUAGUCUUAAUUAACGGACGGGACAUCUCUGACCACACCCAUGACCAGGUGGUCAUGUUCAUCAAAGCCAGCUGUGAGAGCCAUUCCGGAGAGCUCAUCCUAUUGGUCAGACCAAAUGCCAUCUACGACGUGGUGGAGGAGAAGGUGGACUCUGAGCCCGACUUUCAAUACAUCCCUGAGAAGUGCCCUCAGGACCCUGCUCAGCUAGACCAGCAUGCUUUGAGGGACUCCAUGGUCAUGCUGAAGGAAGGCCUGAGCAGUGGAGCCAUACUCGCUCAGUUUGAUCAACUGUACAGGAAGAGGCCCGGGAUGACGAUGCUUUGUGCCAAAUUACCUCCAAACGUUUCCAAAAAUCGCUACAGAGACAUCUCUCCUUAUGAUGCCACACGGGUCAUUCUGAAAAGCACAGAUGACUACAUCAAUGCAAAUUACAUCAACAUGGAGAUUCCAGCCUCGAGUCUUAUAAACCGCUACAUAGCGUGCCAGGGCCCGCUGCCCAACACCUGCCCCGACUUCUGGCAGAUGACAUGGGAGCAGUGCUCGUCUAUGGUGGUCAUGCUGACUACGCAGGUCGAGAGAGGGCGGGUGAAGUGUCACCAGUACUGGCCGAAUCCAGGCAGCAGCGCCACCUACGGAGACUUCACAGUUACAUGCCACAACGAAGAAGGCAACACUGCCUUCCUGGUCCGAGAGAUGAGUCUCACAAACACACAGAGUGAAGAGGAGAGAGAGCUCACUCAGAUUCAGUACCUGGCAUGGCCGGACCACGGCGUACCAGAUGACUCCACCGACUUCCUGGACUUUGUGGCUCUGGUGCGGACCAAGCGUGCCGGGCAGAACCAGCCGAUGGUUGUGCACUGCAGUGCGGGGAUCGGUCGGACGGGUGUUCUGAUCACCAUGGAGACGGCGUUGUGUCUGAUGGAGUGCGGCCAGCCGGUGUACCCUCUAGACAUCGUCAGAACCAUGAGGGACCAGAGGGCCAUGAUGAUACAAACACCGAGCCAGUACCGAUUUGUGUGCGAGGCCAUCCUGAAGGUCUUCGAGGAGGGCCUGGUGAAACCAGUCAAGACCAUCGUCUACCACAUGAGAGAAAAUGUGGAGAAGGAGGAGGGAGACGAGGAGGAGGAGCAGCAGGCGGCAGGGGAAGGAGCAGAGACGGCGGCGCUGGAGGACGGGGCUGUGGUGGAGUUGCUGGAAGGAGGUCUGGAUGAAGAAGAGGACGACGACGACGAAGAGGUGGAGGUGCUGGAUGUGGGCGAAGUAACAGAAGACGGGGAGGAGGACGAAGAUGAGGAGGAGGAGCCAAGCGUUGCGAGUGUCACAAGCGUUCCAAGCAUCGCGAGCGCCAUCAGUGAGACCAGCGUGAACCCUGACCCUGACAACCCUUGACUUUUGACCUUUGGUAGUCAUGGGGGUUGCCAGGAUGAGGCCAGGUGGGCCGGAGAACAGAAGCACUGUUGCACUUUAUGCUGACAAAGACGGAAAAAUAAGACAUGACACAAACAAACUUACGCAAAAGUCACGGACAAGCUCACAAUUUUAAAAAAGCAACCCAGCUGUGUUGAAUAGGUACCGCUAGUGGAUAUUGUAUGUUCAGGGUAAAGAAAAAAAGUCAUGAAAAGAAUCAAAAGUUAAACGUACGAGAGAACAAAGCGUGGACGGGGAGUUGCUGUAGUGCCAUAAGUACGAAGAGGAGGGGCCGGCCCCGUGGACGAAGGUCGCCCGGACCCCUUCUGAGCGAGUCUGCCAGACGGACCUGCCUUUUUUUUUUUUUUUUUUUUUUAACGUGUCCUUUUAGCUGAUAAAGAGUUAUACCUUAUCUUUUGUUCCUCAGAAAGAAUAUUUAUUGUGUUUUAGUUUGUGUCAAACCCUGUCCACUGAACAACAAAAAAAAGACUUGUUUGUUUGUAUGAAUCUAGAGCUUCAUGCUUUCCUGAUUAAAUCCUAGGUAGUAAAGUAGUGCGUUUCUUCUUCUAACUACUUCUUAAUUUCUUUUGCUUUUUGUGAGGGGAAAAAAAAGAACUGAUUUAAUUUAUUGUACUUAAUCUUUCUCAGCUUUCUGGUCUCUGUUUCUGCCGGUUCCCCAUCACCCCCCCCUCCCACUAGAAGAUUCUGACUCUCAACCCAACCAUCGAUUUAUUCCUAACAUAUUUUUGCUACAUUUCUUUGGCCCGAUGCGGUCAGUUCGCGUCCUUCUUCUAAGCUCCUGCUUACCUCGAAGCCCGGGUCCCUGCUGAGGUGUCCUUGAGCCAGACACUGACCACCAAUCCCUCGCUGUGCGUGAAGCCGUCUGUCGGCCAGCGACGGCAGGAUCACCGACGAGUCCUCGAAGGCCGCUCUCGCAGUCUGCAUUUUUGUUUUUGAGACUUGCUUCUUCGUUGGUGUGACGUCUCCAUCGUUGAGACUCGAAACGCUUCCUCUGCCGCCCUCCCUUUGCAAACAAGGUUCCUCUUUUUUUUCAUUGAUCCCUUCCGAUGGUACUUCACUUGUACUUUUAAAUCACAACACCAGGCCUCGAGUUGCCCGAAGUGGCGUCUGAGCCGUCGUCCUUUACACCGUGUGUGUGUGUGUGUGGUUUGUUAUCUAUCUGGUCAAAGCCUGCUUGUCCAUCAACUUGAAGGCUUGUGCCAUGAAGACACAAACCUGAUCUCAAAAGUCUUCUAAGGAAACUCACUUGGAGCCUUUUUUUUUUCUUCAGUCGGUCCAUAGAACCGGGCUGAAACUUAGUUUGUGAAACAUUUAAAACCCUGCUCGCAUUUCCCCUUUUUAAAACGGACUAAUCCCACUUUUAACACGUAGAGGGGCGGGAUCUAGAGCCGAGCUUUCUUCUUCUUCUUCUCUCUCUCACUGGAUUGCGGAAACCCCCCCCCCACAAAAAAUUGGCCCAGUUCCUUCUCUCAGGCAACAUCCUUCAUUCCCGCAGGGCCCACGCUACAUGCUCGGUCCAUUCUCCUCGUUGUUCUUCCCCAGAAGCCUCUCUUUUGGAUCGUUGCAGACGGAACAUCCCCCCCCCCCCCCCCAUCAGCACGGCCUAAAGGCAAAUGACACAUCUGGGUGGAAGGCUGUGGUUACGGUGGUGCGGCAUCCAGCUUCUUUUCCACAGGACACACAGUGGGCAGCGGGUGAAUGAGCGAAUAACUGUCUUAAACCUUGUUUCUUAUUUUUAUUUUGUAUUCUUAGACAUUGGCAGACCCUUCGCGUACGAGCUUUAAAUCAAAAGAACAACCGUUCAGCACCCAGUGGCUCUGUCGUCAUUUUUUUUUUUUAAACACAGCAGCAGGGCCCACCACCUCGGGUUGGAUUAACGGCAAAGGCUUCUUGAUAAAGUGGCAUCAGUGACAAGUUCUCCCGCCCACGAGAGAAAUCAAACAUGGACCCCUGCAGUGCAAAAGUGAAUAAAGAAUAAAUCUGAUCUGCCGCCAGUUUCCAUCUGCACAAACUAUCCAGCAACGAGCGUUUUGUGUUCAAAGUGUUUAGUUGUUGACACGUCAUUGGUACACUCGUCUGUGUGCGUUCAGGGUCCUGAUCAAAGGUAGUGUGGGGUGGGGGUGGGGGGGGGGCAUGUAUUUGUGUAGAGAUGAAAAGGCUGUAGUUGGAUAGAGAAAGGACAGCGCUUAGUAGAAGACUGAGUGGCAGGUAGUGCUGGUGGUUAAAGACGUGACGCAUUGUUGAAAUUAGUUGUUGUUUUGAGGGGGGAUUUGACAUAUAUUUUUUUUUGUCGUUUAAAAAUAUGUAGGGAACAAGAAAAAAAAGAACUAACUACACAGUGCCACUUGUUAAUUUCGUGUAAAUAAUACUAGACCAUGUAAAUACAAUGUUGUAUAUGAAAAAAAAUCUUUAAAAUAAAAGGGAAAAUCAUUUGUGAGCAGAAAGAUUUUCUUUUUUUUUUUUUUUUUUCCCCCUUCUGGAUGUGACACAAUUGGUGUGUAUCUCAAGAAUGCUAUUUUAACACUUUUGUUUUGUUUGAGACGUUAUCUAUUACAGCGAGUGUAUAUACAAGGAAACACAAACCAUGCGAACUGUCUUACCGUAUUAUAUCCUUGGUUAACCCCCUUCCUGUGUCAUAAAAACCUUUGUCCUCA